ACAGACGUUAACUUAUUCUAAUUCUUAUUAUUGGCCAAAUGUAACAUGCCAAAAACUAUUUUAUAACGAACAUACUGUAGUAAGUUCUGUACCAGAAGCAACAACCAACAUAGAUCUGGAUGAUAAAGAUUGUCCGAUAGGAAAAAUAGGGCCGAAAUGUUUAUUUUCUUGCGCACACGAUUUGAAAAGUUACGAUAACUGUAAAGAAACUGCGAUCUGUUAUACAAAUGGUUGCACAUGUUCUCCAGGUUUUCAGGAUACGGAAUGUUCUUCACUGUGUAAGAACUACUUGUACGGUCAUAAUUGCAAGAAUAAGUGUGGCUCCUGCAAAAAUUUUAAUUGCGAUAAAAUUACUGGCGAAUGUAUCAACGGAUGCGUCAAAACCUCAAACAAGAUUUACAUACCACCUCUAUGUCAGAUAGGCAUAGACAAGCUUGAAGCACCUUCAAUUGUCUCUACCGCUACAAGUAUCCAAGCCAAAGUUCGUACGAUUUGGACACAGGAAUAUAAAAAUUUGUCACUACUGUAUUUGUUUACACUUGGAGGAUUAGACCCAAUUACUCAAAUAUUCAAUUACUCCAUUACGCUGCCAUGGAAUAAACUGUUUCCGAACAUGACGCACAUGACAGGGUAUUUCAAAGAUUUAAAACCUGCUUCUGUUUACUGGGUGAAAUGCAUCUUAAGUGUUGAAGGAAGUCUGAUUGAGAGUGAGUGGCAAAAUGUGGAAACUGCUUGCGACUUAGCGACAAAGUUUGUCGUAACACCUGCAGAAAACAGCAUAACGAUUAAUGUGCAAAACAACUCAGAUCCAUUCUAUCCGUGUCCACCAAAUUGGUACUCACUACAACUUCAAUAUACAAAUAGUCGUUUGAUUUUCACUGAACAAAUGACAAAAUUUUCUCGUGAAUUGUCAGGAUUAAACCCAUAUACUUGGUAUGACGUGAUAAUACAUCAUGCAAAAUAUAACAAUAACAGCUUGCUGUAUUUCGAGACAGUAUGUACAUUAGAAGGCGUUCCAACUGAAGUAUUAGAUUUUUUUUACUUGAAAAAGUCAAAUACAUCUGUCAAUCUGACGUGGAGAUCUCCAGAUCAACCAAAUGGAAAAAUUUUGCAGUAUGAAGUAACGUUGAAGAUUAAUGAGUACUGCGGUUGUACAAACGAAAACUUAACUAUGCCAGAUAAUCCAAUCUCCAUUAAAAAAUUUACUAACGAAACAAGCAUCACAAUCUUAGAUUUACAUCCAUAUACGUCUUAUAAAGCGCAAGUAAGAGCUCGCAAUUCACGACACAGCAGCAAUGACACAGAAAUAAUGUUUUCUACAGACAAAAAUGAUAUACCAACGGAAAUAUUUAGUCAGGUAGAAUUCCACAACUGGAUAUUAUCAUGGCAAUCACCUAAAGAUUGCUCGACGAUUUCGGGAUCAUUAAUAGCUAAAAUAAAGAUAAACGGAGUUACUCAUUAUGUCCAAAAUUACACUGCAAUUAAACAAACACAAUUCAAGUAUAUUAAUUUAAGAACUUUUAAUCCGCCACUAAAUGGUGCCGAACGAUAUAAGGCAACUGUUUAUGUAAUAAGAGAAUUUAAUAGUAUAGAAAAUUCUUCUGCUUUUCAAGAACUGGUUUUUAACUCUCCACCUACAGCUCCACCUGUAGUAACCAAUCUAGAAGUCGUCGAGAUUGAUAAUCGUGUAUCGUCAAACAUGACGUUAUACUUGAAAUGGCACAGUCCACUUCCACCCUUAAACGGACAAUUGCAGUAUUAUAAUGUUACCUUAUGUCACACUACCAAAAAUUGCAGUUCUAAAAUUGUUGAAUUAACACACUUUUGUGAUUUGUGGAAUGAUUAUAUCUGUGAAGAGUUUCCAAUUUCCACAAUUAAUAUCGCCAUACAAGUGAUUGCGUACAAUACAAAUGUUACUACUGCAAGUCCUCCAGCUCAUGUAUCCAGAAAAAUGCUUGAAAAUACACAACCUAGCGUACCUGAUGAAUUUACUUACAAAAUAAACGACAACAGCGUGGUGGAUUUAAACUGGCGUCAUCCAUGGAAGACAGGUCGACAUUUGCGAUGUUUUCGUAUCACGGUAGAAGAAAAGACUACAAAUCUGAAGAAAAAACGCAAUUUGCGUUCUAUUGACACAAUAAAAUCGCAGGAAAAGCCAGUGGAACAAUAUACACCUUAUUACAACGAGCGCUUACGUUUAUGCCCAUCGACAAAGUACCGCAUCUCAAUUCAGGCUGAGACAAUAACGUACGAAACCAGUAGUUCAAACGUUAUAGAACUACAAACGCCAUCAGACGCAAGUUUUGAUGGAGACCUACAAAUUUUGAAGGAAAAUUUGAAUUCAUCGAUUAUGUUACACAUACCGCCUGUUCUGAAUGACACAUGUAACAGUGUUAUGCACAUAAUUGUAAAAGGUUUCAAACGAUGCAAAGAAUAUUCGGAAGUACCUAAAAAUCUGCAAGAGCAAGCAAACGUGAAGAUGUAUGAAAUUGCUUGGCAUGCUGCUAUAAUCUCGACAGAUGAGAUUGCUCGCAAAAAUUAUACAUUUUUACUUGGCGACGACCUAUCUUAUGGAGGUGCGAAGAACUGUCCGUUACAUCCUAAUCAAUUUUACAAUGUAGUAGUUAUUGUAAAAGAACAGAAUUCAAAUCUUGAGGACUCUUUUAAAUCACUCAUGCUUACAAAAUCUAUUAAUAUCGGUGAAGUUCCAUCAGUCCAUUAUAAGAUGUGGUUGAUUCUCAUAAUAUUACUUCUNUUUAUANUAGCUGCAGGUUAUUAUAUUUAUCAAAGAAAAAACAAGAAAUUGAAGAAACAAGUAUUUCUGAACGACGAGAUAGUUUUGUCGGAAAACAUCGAAAUUCACGAAUAUAAAUCAAAAUCUGUCAUAUCAAGUUCAAAGCAAGAUAUCACUUCUACUUUUGACAAACUUUCGAUUCCAUUUGAUAAACUUUCGACCAAAUCUUUAUCUCGGGCAACUACUCCGGAAGAAGUAUACAUUGACGUCGAGACUAUCGAUCGAGAGAAAACAUUGUCGGUAAAGGUUAAAGAGUUUGAGGAUUAUGUCAGAGAAGCAAUACAGUCAGGAUUGUUGGAAAAACAAUACGAGACAUUUCCGCGAGGACAAACUCGGUCGUGGACUUAUGGAAAAUUGUCGCAGAACAAAUCCAAAAAUCGACACGUCAAUCUCAUAGCCUAUGACGAAACACGAGUGAUACUAAAUAAACUUCCGGAUGACGAAUAUUCUGAUUACAUCAAUGCCAAUUACAUCACCGGAUACAAGAAGCCAAAACAUUAUAUAGCAACGCAAGGACCCAGACCUAACACAGUUAUUGAUUUCUGGCGUAUGAUUUGGCAAGAAAAUGUCCUUAUUAUUUGUAUGGUGGCAAAUGUGAUUGAAAAUGGAAAGACAAAAUGUGAGCAAUAUUGGCCGGACAUCGGCAAGAAAAAAAAGUACGGGGACGUCAUCGUGCUGAACUCAAAGCACAGUGUCUUUGCUGACUAUUGUUUCAGAACUUUUCAAGUUACUUGUGGAGAAGAAACUCGAAAGAUAGAACAUCUGCAUUACACGGCCUGGCCAGAUCACGGUGUGCCACUUUAUACACACUCCGUAGUUACGUAUUUGAAGAAACUCUUAGCGACACCACCUGGAAAUGGGCCUGUAGUCGUCCAUUGCAGCGCUGGUGUUGGAAGAACCGGAACCAUCAUUCUGUGCGACAUUUGUCUUCAUCGAGCGGCUGCCGAAGGGGUGGUCGAUGUGUUCGCUGACACAGCAUCUAUCAGAAACGAAAGAGCCAAUAUACUAGAUAACAAACAGCAAUACUUGUUAGCGCAUUUGGCAUUAGUGGAAUGUUUGCUUUCUAUACCGACCACGUUACCGUGUAACGAGACAUUACCUGCGCGAAUCAAAGAAUUGAAGGCUCAAUUACCAGCUCAACAGCAGAGAUUGCAAGACAUUGCAUGGCAGGAUGAAGCUUUGCGACCAGUCACAUCUCCGCCAUUCUUGUCGGAAUGUAAUCGUGCUAAAAACCGAUUUCCGGAACUGCUUUCAGAUAAGGUUAGCAGACUAUACUUGAAGAAAUAUCCGGCAUCAGACGACGACAGCGAUUAUCUGUCUGCUGUUUAUGUGGACGGAGUAAAACUUCAGAAUCAAUAUCUAGCCACACAGCUUCCCAUGCCGUCGACGAUUAGUGACUUUUGGCGAAUGGUCGCUGAGUUCAAAGUGGAACUUAUUCUUAUGCUACAGCCACCUGAUCCUCAGGAUCCGACAUGCUGCGCGAUUGUUCCUCGCGACGAGUUUAAGCCGACACCGUACUUGAACAUCACAACAAAACGCACUGUAGAACUAGAAUAUUACACGUCACAACAAUUACUUCUCAUUGACAAUUCCGAGAAACUCUCGAGAGAACAAUCAGUGACUAUCUUAUGUUUAACGGAAUGGAAACCUGGGAGAAAUCAACCACCGCCACCAGUCAUGACGAUGGUGUCAUUUUGGCAAACUGCGGAGAGAAUUGCAAGAAGCGAUGAACCAACAGUCAUACUUUGCCAGUAA